UGCCCAGGAUAGAUGCAAUGGGGGAGGGGAAGGAAUGGUAAGUGAGAUGGGGUGGGAGGGGAGGGGGUGACAGAGGGGACAAAUGGGGCAACCGAGGGCUGGGAAGGAGCAGGAGCUCGAGCGGCGCCGAAAUGUCGGAGACAUCCAGGGUUGGGGCUGGUUUCCUUCGUCACAGCACGGUGGAGCGGCUGCCGCGGGCUCCUUCCCGCUGGGAGCCCUCGGCCACCAGGCUCGUGUCCCCCCUGUCCCCUUCUCACACCCUCCCGACGCAAAAAGUGGGGAGAUUCGGGAGGAUGCCCCUUUCCUACGCCUCCGCUCCGAGCAGUUUAAAGAAAGCGGAGACUGCAGAAGUGACCUCAGGCAUCGGGCUCAUUCCUGGAAGAGGAACGCCCACUCGGGGCUGGAUGCCAAGCAUUCAUGUUCUGCCUCCAGCCCCGGUGAAAUCCGUCCUUGCCCGCAGGAGAGAGGCCAUGGCGGCGGUGUUUCUGCCCGGCAACCUCCAGGAUGAAGCCACUUGCUCCGUCUGCCUGGAAUUCUUCAAAGACCCCGUGUCCAUCGAGUGCGGGCACAACUUCUGCCGGGCGUGCAUCAUCAAGAGCUGGAAGGACCUGGAGAUGGACUUCCCCUGCCCCCAGUGCCGGGAGGUCUUCCAACAGAAGAGUUUCAGACCCAACCGGCAGCUGGCGAACAUGUCCGAGAUCAUCAGCCAGUUCACCCUCUGUGGGGCCAAGGGUGCCGAGGAGGAUGGGCUCUGCGGGAAGCACAGGGAAGCCCUGAAGCUCUACUGCAAGGAUGACCGGAGAACCAUCUGCGUGGUCUGCGACAGGUCCCGGGAGCACCGGCCACACACUGUGGUACCCGUCGACGAGGCGUCCGAGGAGUACAAGGAGAAAAUCCAAGGACGCUUGGAUUUCCUGAAAAAGGAGAGGCAAGAGCUGCUGGAGUUCAAAGUGAACGACGAUAAGAAAACCCAGGAGCUCUUGAAAACCAUCGAGAACGAGCGGCAGAAGCUGCUCUCGGAGUUCGAGAGGCUGCGUCAGUUCCUGCAUGACCAGGAGCACAUCCUCCUGGGGCAGCUGGAGAAGAUGGAGAAGAACAUCGCCAAGAGGCAGAACGAGAACAUCACCGACCUCUCCAAGGAGAUCACGCUCCUCAACAAGCUCAUCACGGAGCUGGAGGAGAAAAUCCAGCAGCCCAUGCUUGAGUUCCUCAAGGAUGUGAUGAACAUCAUAAGCAGAAGUGACGAUGUGAAGUGCCAGAAGCCUGUGCCGGUGUGCACGGAUAUGAAAAUGCACAUCUGCAAUUUCUCCCUCAAGACUGUCGUCCUUGAGAAAGUCUUAAAGAAAUUCAGAGAAAACCUGCAGGAUGAACUGGGAAGAGGUGAAAAAGAGGACCUGACCCUGGACCCUGAUUCGGCAAACCACCUCCUCAUCCUCUCCGCAGACCUCAAGACGGUGAGGAUGGGCUGUAGGAAACAGGAGCUGCCCGACAACCCCAAGAGAUUCGACACAAACUCUCGGGUGCUGGCUACCACGGGCUUCAAGUCGGGAAGACAUUACUGGGAAGUGGAGGUGGGGGCCUCGGACGGUUGGGCCUUCGGGGUGGCCAAGGAGUCCGUCAGGAGGAAAGGUCUGACGCAGUUUUCCCCCGAAGAAGGGAUCUGGGCGGUUCAGCAAAACGGGGGGCGCUACUGGGCGGUCACCUCGCCCCAACGCACCCCACUGUGCCUCAGCCAGAAACUCAAUAAGGUCAGGGUGUACCUGGAUUACGAAGGGGAAGAAGUCUCCUUCUACAACGCUGACAACAUGCAGCACAUCUUCACCUUCAACGUCGCCUUCCAGGAGAAGGUGUUCCCCCUCUUUUCGGUCUGUUCCACCGUUACCUACAUCAAACUGUGCCCCUGAGGCUUGUCACGGGCUUCGCUGAGGGCCCGUCUCCGUGGUCUUCACCGGAUGGUGCCUGAGCAGCAGCGAUGAGCACAAGAGACUCAAAUCAACCAUCCACCCUGGUUUGUUGGUACACAGGCAGAGAAAAUAGGUGGGUAAUCAGGUAGUCAUGAAAAAAUAUCACAAGGAGGGUCUUCAAACCACCCUAAAAUGGAAAACAGCAAUCGAAAUCAUCAGCAAUCCCCCGAAGGUUGUGGUCACCAUCUUAAACCCACCUCUGAACCAACCCAACUCUUCAGCGGGAAGGAAACCACCGGUAGUUGGGUCGUGGCUCCAAGUCUGAUAACGGACGGGUAUUUCUGUUUUCUUCUGUGGGUCUAAGGAUCAACGUCAGAGCUAGUGGGAAGUUUUGGAGUGGGCCCUCCGCCCCUUUGGAAGUGUCAGCGACCUGAAAAUGAAAUGUUUUGUGGGUAGACGUCCUGUGGGAAUGGUGGAGCGACACCAAGCAGAGCACUUUGGACAUCCAGCCAAAGCCAGAACAGGCAAAGCUCCUUUCUAGUCAAUUGAGUCUGAUUAAACGAGGAAGUUUUGCUCCUCCUGAAGUGAAUUUAACGGCGGAUUUCCGUUGUUUCGUUAUGCCGUUGCUCUCAACAAACUGUAGUCACCACCUCUGUGCCAAAAGUGGAAAUCCUGCCCAGGUGCCUCCACUCCUACAAGAUUUAGGAGGAGGUAAUUAGGUUUAUUAACUGCUCCUGGGGAGUAAUUGGACCUUGGUGGGUCAGGAUGCUCACUGGGCUGUGGGAGUGGUUAUAAAGGUCUCAGCGGGGGUUUCUGGCUUUUUCCCCUCUUCCUCCUUCUGGGAAUAAAGGUCUGCAAUGAAGGGUGGGAGCCUGGUUGCUUGUUCCGGGUGGUGCUCCUAAAAUCUGGAAUAACAUUGUACUCCAAAGGCUAUUUUUGUGAUGUUGGGAUGCUGGCCUGAGGUGAUCUGAACCAGGUGGCCACCGAAAUCCAACCUCUCCUGGAGUUGAGCGGGGGUUGAAGAGCUUUUGGUUGCCCUCUCCAUCACCUCGCGUGAGUGCUCCGUGCUUCAGUUCUCUGCCCACGGCUCCUCCGGGCAGGAGGGGGGUUUUGCUGCUACUCCAGAAAAGGCUGAAAGGUGGGGUUUUUGGCUUUUUUUUUUUUUUUUUUUUGUGAAGCAACAAAGGUUGGUGUUGCUCCACUGUGUUUGUCCUACUGGAUGUGAGCCAGACCCGUAUUUUGAAUUUUGGUGCUUCUCGUGAGGUCCCCUCUGUGUAGAAGAUGUUGUUUUCAGAGUAACCCCUCAAGGUUGUCCUGCUUUGCCCAGAUUAAUGUAGAUUUUGGGCGCUGAAUCUUCUGUUUCCUCAGGCUCUCUUUACUGCGUGGCCCUCAGCAAAACCACACGUUUACCUUCGAUUUAUAUUAUUCUUUUUUUCUGGAAAUCCUCACUUUUUGCAGAGACAGCAAAUGCUUAACAGGCGUCUUGCUUUGUUCACGGUCGCUCCUGACAAAACAAAGCAGCCUUUAAAAAAAUAAUAAGCGUAUUAUUGUCCGAAGCGAUGAAAAAUGUGAUUUCUGGGGUUUCUCCCAGGUUGUCGCUAGCCCACGGGCUGGAAAUAAAAUGUGAAGGUGCUACCCGC